AUGGGCAACAUAUCUACUUGUCGAUCGGAUGAACCACACCUACAGGUUAUACUGCCAGCGAUCCUCCGUGGAGCCUGGGUCGCUUCUAUCUGGCAGUACCUAAUAUUGUUUCUCGUCAGCCUAGUCAUCUAUGACCAAGUCGUGUACAUCAAGCGAAAGGGCUCAAUCGCCGGUCCAAUGUUCAAGGUUCCUCUCAUUGGGCCCUUCCUCCAAGCACUAGAUCCGGAAUUCGACUCCUACCUCAAGCAAUGGGCGAGUGGUCCUCUCAGCUGUGUCUCUGUGUUCCACAAGUUCGUUGUUCUCGUCUCCGAUCGAGACCUGGCCCACAAGGUCUUCAAGUCACCUGCCUACGCCGAACCCUGCAUAGUGCCUGUCGCGAAGGAUAUCAUCGGCCACAAAGCAUGGGUAUUCCUUCAAGGCCGCGAUCAUGCCGAGUACAGGAGGGGUCUCACUCCUCUCUUCACCAACAAGGCCCUAGCCACAUACCUACCGCUUCAAGAGAAGGUAUUGGCCGACUACUUCGACAAAUUUGUUGCUGCCAGCGAAGCAAAUGGAAACAAGCCGCUGCCUUUCAUGGCCAUGUUCCGCGAGAUCAAUUGCGCACUUUCUUGUCGUACGUUCUUUGGCGAUUACAUCUCGCAGAAUGCAGUCAAGAAGAUCGCAGACGACUAUUACUUGUGCACUGCCGCUUUGGAGCUGGUCAACGUUCCAUUUUCCAUGUACAUUCCCGGGACUAAGGUUUGGCGAGGCAAGCGGACUGCAGAUUCUGUUCAUGCCGAGUUUGCCAAAUGUGCAGCAGCAUGCAAGGCGAACAUGGCGAGCGGUGCAAAGCCGACUUGUACUGUCGACCACUGGGUGCUCCACAUGAUGGAGUCCAACCGAUACCGCGAGAAGAUCGCCGCCGGAGAGAGUGGCGUGGAAAGACCAACCAACUUGAUUCGCGAGUUCACUAAUGAAGAGAUUGGCGAGACGUUGUUCACCUUCCUCUUCGCUUCCCAAGACGCAUCCAGCAGUGCAACGACCUGGCUCUUCCAAAUCCUCGCUCAACGACCUGAUGUUCUCGACAGAUUGCGACAAGAGAACUUGGACGCGCGUGGCGGCAACAAGAACAAACCAUUCGAUCAAUCCAUGUUAGAGUCUCUAACCUAUACUAAUGCUGUCAUCAAGGAGCUGCUUCGCCACAGACCGCCCGUCAUCUUCGUUCCUUACUUGGCGACCAAGGAGUUCCCGAUCACAGCAGACUAUACUGUUCCCAAGGGCUCAAUGAUCAUACCAAGUUGUUACCCAGCUCUACACGACCCUGAAGUCUAUCCAAGUCCAGAUGUAUUCGACCCGGAUCGCUGGAUUACUGGAGAUGCCGAGUCCAAGACAAAGAAUUGGCUCGUCUUUGGUGCAGGUCCGCAUGAUUGUCUUGCGAGAAAAUACGUUCCGCUAUCCAUGGCAGGUAUGAUUGGUAAAGCAGCCCUGGAGCUUGAUUGGAAGCAUCACGAGACCGAGUUGUCAGAGGAGAUCAAAGUUUUUGCUACGCUUUUCCCUAUGGAUGGAUGUCCUCUGGUCUUUGCCAGGCGCCCCUGA